AUGGUGAGUCCGUUCCCCUCCCCUCCCUCUCUAGAUCCUUCCCUUCCCCUUCCCCGCGCACCGCCGCCGGCGGAUCCUCCCCUUCCCGCGACUCCGUUCAAAUGGGUUCUCGUGUCUCCGCAGGCCAACACGCUGCGCCUGUACCUCACCUGCAUCCGCAACACUCUGGAGGCGGCCAUGUGCCUGCAGAAUUUCCCUUGCCAAGAGGUCGAGAGGCACAACAAGCCGGAGGUGGAGCUCAAGACUAGCUCUGAACUUCUGCUGAAUCCGGCAAGCAAAAUUCAGCCUCACAGGGCAGUGGAUGUGCUUAUAUGUCGUAAUGAAGCCGAGAAGUGUUUGGUAGAGACUUCAAUCAAUUCGAUCCGUAUAAGCUUGAAGGUUAAGCAGGCAGAUGAACUGGAAAAUAUUCUUGCAAAGAAGUUUCUUAGGUUUUUGUCGAUGAGGGCAGAGGCAUUCCAAGUGUUGAGGAGAAAACCAGUUCAGGGUUAUGAUAUUAGCUUCCUCAUAACAAACUACCACUGUGAGGACAUGCACAAGCAUAAGCUCAUAGACUUCAUUGUUCAGUUUAUGGAGGACAUUGACAAGGAGAUCAGCGAGCUGAAGCUGUCGGUGAACACACGUGGCCGGCUGGUGGCAACCGAGUUCCUAAAGCAGUUCAUUUGA